CCCGUGUGCCCCGCCAUGGGGCUCCUGUCGGACCCGCAGUGCCGCAGGGCGCUGGGCAGGCUGCUGCUGCGCCUCAACACCCCCCUCUGCGUCCUGAGUUACCUGUCGGGCCUGGCCUGGUUCCUGCUGCUGCCCCUGCUGGCCCCCCGCACGUACCUGUCCGAGAACGCCAUGGGCUCCACCAUGGUGGGGGAGGGCUCCGACCUCGGGCCCCGCGCGCUGGCGCUGGCCAGGGACUUCGGGGAGCACAGGAGGAGAGAGGGGGGAAUUCCCGUGUCCUGGCUGUCCCACACCAUGUUCCAGCUCGGGCUCGAGGUUCACUCCCAGCCCUUCGCACGGACCCUGCCCUUCCCUGAUGAGGCCCACGAGCGCUACCUGGUCCGAGGCACCAACGUGUUCGGGGUGCUGCGCGCCCCCCGCGCCGCCAGCACGGAGGCGCUGCUGCUGCUGGUGCCGUGCUGCGAGGGCGGCAAGAACGAGCAGGCCGUGGGGCUGCUGCUGGCCCUGGCGGGCUACUGCCGAGGUCAGAUUUACUGGGCCAAGGACCUGAUCUUCCUGGUGACGGAGCACGACCUGCUGGGGACACAGGCCUGGCUGGAGGGGUACCACGGGGUCAACCUUACUGCCAUGCAGUCAGGGCCGUUCCCAGGCCGCGCUGGGGCCAUCCAGGCUGCCUUAGCCCUGGAGCUGAGCUCGGACGUGCUGACCAGCGUGGACGUGGCCGUGGAGGGCCUGGAUGGACAACUGCCCAACCUGGACCUGCUCAACCUCUUCCAGUCCUUCUGCCACAAGAACGGCCUGCUCUGCACCCUGCAGGGCAAGCUACCCCCCCCAGAGGGCCCCUCAGGCCCCGGCUACGCCCAGAGCCUGCGCACCCUGGGGCUGAUGGUGCUGGGCCAGGCCGGGGGGGCUCCCGGGGGUCCCCACGGGCUCUUCCUGCGCUUCCGCAUCGAGGCGCUGACCCUGCGCGGCAUCAACAGCUUCAGGCAGCACAAAUUCGACCUGGGGGCGCUGGGCAGAACCCUGGAGGGAAUGUUCCGGAAGCUGAACAAUCUCCUGGAGCGGCUGCACCAAUCCUAUUUCCUGUACCUGCUGCCGUCCCUGGCGCGCUUCGUGUCCAUCGGCUCCUACGCCCCGGCCCUGGGGCUGCUGCUGCUGGUGCUGGCUCUCAGGGCCCUGGAGCUGUGGAUGAGGCUGAGCCGGAGCGAGGAGGGGGAGGGGGAGCCCCCGGUGGGGGAGGUGAGGGGACCAUCUGACCCUGUACCCCCUGCCCGGGGGGGUCUCCUGUACCUGGUGCCCCCCAUCCUGAUCUCGGUGGGUGCAGGGGCUGCCCUGUACCUGCUGCCCGUGCGGGGCCAGGCCGUGGCCACCCAGCACUUCCCGGUGGGCGAGGCCGAGGCCGUGGUGCUGGCCCUGAUCGGCAUCUACGUGGCUGGGAUGGCCCUGCCCCACAGCACACACAGAGCCCUGUCAGGGGGUGGCCAGCGCGGCUGGAUGACCCUGAAGCUGCUGGCCCUGCUGGCCCUGGCCCUGCUCCUCACCUGCCUGGCCCUGCUCAACUUCUCCCUGGGCUUCCUGCUCGGGGUCACCCUCGUGCCACCCGCGGCUGCUGUCAGACCUGGGGGCAACAGGCUGCCCCUGGCCCUGCUGCUGGUGCUCACCACCCCGGGCCUGUCGCUGUUCAUGGCCGUGCUGCUGGAGCGGGAGCUGCUGGAGGCGCCGGCCGGGCUGGGCGAGGCCUGGCAGCGAUUCCUGGGGGCUCUGGGCCAGGGGCUGCUGCAGGAGCACCUGCACGGGGCCCACCUGAGCCCCCUGCUCUGCCUGGGGGCCUACCCCUGCUGGCUGCUGCUCUGGAACGUGCUCUUCUGGAAAUGAUGGACAGAUGGACACAUGGACACACGGACAGACAGACUGACCCCCCACCUGAGCCCCCUGCUCUGGAACGUGCUCUUCUGGAAGUGAUGGACAGAUGGACACAGGAUGGGCAGAUGGAUAUGGGGAUGGACACAGGAUGGACACAUGGACACGGCAUGGACA